AUGGUUCACGAAGGCACAACCACAGAGAGCCUGGCCCUUGCCGUGCAGGCACAUGUGAAAUAUGUGCAGAGUCUUGAUACCAAGAAGGAUGAGCUGGACUAUUGGCUGACCGAGCAUUUGCGGCUUAAUGGUGUUUACUGGGGCCUUGUUGCCCUUCACCUGCUUGGACAACCCGACGCCCUCCCCCGGCAAGAAACGAUUGAUUUUGUGUUCUCAUGCCAACACGAAAAUGGGGGAUUUGGCGCCGCCCCAGGACACGAUGCUCACAUGCUGUCCACAGUAAGUGCUGUGCAGAUUUUAGCAAUGGUCGACGCCUUGGAUGAUCUCGAUGCGCGGGGACAUGGCAAAGCCAAGGUUGAAAAGUAUAUUGCAGACUUGCAGGAUUCCAAUACCGGCAGCUUUUAUGGCGAUGAGUGGGGUGAGGAGGACACCCGAUUUCUCUACGGUGCGUUGAACGCGCUAUCGCUCCUCGGUGCCCUAUCUCGUAUCAAUCUUGACAAGGCGGUGUCACACAUUCAAAGCUGUGCGAAUUUUGAUGGCGGAUACGGCGCAAAGCCUGGUGCGGAGUCGCAUUCGGGCCAGAUCCUGACCUGCCUGGCUGCUCUGAGCAUUGCCAAUAGGCUGGACGUGGUAGAUGAGGAGAAGCUCGGAAGCUGGCUUAGCGAGCGACAGACCCCGAGCGGCGGUUUUAACGGCCGCCCUGAAAAGAAGGAGGAUGUCUGUUACAGUUGGUGGGUUCUAGCCAGUCUAGCUAUCCUCAAGCGGACACAUUGGAUCGACCGUGAUGCCCUCAUUACCUUCAUCUUGAGCAGCCAGGAUUCCGAAAAUGGCGGCCUUUCGGAUCGCCCUGGUGAUAUGGUAGAUGUUUGGCACACAUGUUUCGGCCUUGCCGGCCUCAGUCUCUUGCAAUACCCUGGGAUGGUGCCGGUGAACCCGGUUUACUGCAUGCCCGAGGCCAUUGUUGCAAAAUGCGUUGGGUCUAAUAGAUGA